GCGCGGCGAGACGGCUGAGGGCCAGACCCGGGCGGGGCCGCGCCGUCCUCUGGGGGGAAGCGGGGCGGGCGCGGGAGAGGCGCGGCGAGCCCAGGGCAGCUCCGAGGGCCCGGUGCCCGCCCUGCCGGACCCGGGCGAGGCAUCCGGGCCGAACAGGUGGCCCUGGAGGAUGCGCCCAGGGUGGAGCGGGAGGCGAGAGGGAGGAGCGGGGGGCGGGAGAAAGGAGCGGCCGAGGCCCGGCCUCCCCCAGGGGCCCAGGAGCCCCAAGGCCGGCCCGGCGGGGACCUCGUGUCCGGCUGGUGGCCCGGGGACGUCGCUUCAGUACCUGCGCCUUCCGAGCCCCGCCCUGCCUCGGAUGAGUCGCGGCCCGGGCCCUCAGGAUUGCGGCCCGCCGGACCUGGCCGAGGAAGGGCUCGCCCCUUCGUCCCAGAGCAGCCUGUGCCGGCGAGGUCCUUCCCUGAAGCCCACCUCCCUGAGCCAGCGGAGUGCUGCCCGAGGCUGCCCGGGCCCCAGGCAUGAGGAAGAGAAGCAUGACACGUUGGUAUCAUAAUGGGCUUGCUGCGUAAAGAUAGCAGCAUAAUACAUCUUGCCGGUGAUUCCAUGAAGGACUCCAGACUUCCGACUAUGGAACGCAAUUUUCUAUUUUAUAUCUUUAGGAGAAAAGGCUUAAAGAAUGAAAGAAGGAACCCGGAGCCUGGACUGGAACCCAGAGACCUGGGCAGAGUUUGAAUUGACAGCCCGGACUCCUGAUGAGCAGUAAUCCCCCUGCUUCUGUUUCCCCGUGGCCUCCAUGCCGUGCUUUGGAAGGAGGAGAAGUCAAGCCAGAGAGACGCGACAGUGGAGAGCAAACCCUGGUGCAUUCAUGUCUCUGCCUGGCCCCUCUUCCUGUCAUUUACUUGUCUCUCAAGGCGUUUUUGUCUGUCUCCCUGCUAGAAUCUAAGUUCCAGGAGGCCAGGGAUGUUUGAUUGUCCUGUGCCUCGCUGUGUUCCCAAACCCCGGGCAGUGACUGGCACACACCUAUCGCUCAACAAAUGCUCAAAGGGGAAAAAAUGUGGGGAUAAUUGAUUUAGAAAAACGUGGGUAAUAAAGAAAAUGUUGUUGGAGAACAAGCCAUUUCAAGUCUUGAUUUACACAGGUAAAUUUAACUGGAAAAAGUUACUAAAAUAUUUCAUAGGGUUUUUCCCCAAAUUAUUAUUUUUUAUUGAUAUAUAUAGUCCAUCUACCAUUAAAAUUAACCCAUUUAAAGCAUAUGUUCCUAUGGUUUUUGGUAUUAUAGAAAGAUUUUCACUAUCUUUUUCAAAGUAUCAACUAUUACAUAUAUAAACUCAGUAUCUGAUGAGACAUGAGAACUGGCCACACAGACAUGUGAAAAAUAUCAGUUCCACCAAACGUCAUUAUUAGACAGUCUUUAGUGACUCUGACACUGAAGUCGUGAAUUGCUAAUAACUAGGGUUUUUCCGUAUGGAAAUCCACAUAAUCCUCUUUAAGUAAUUAAUCACUGUCAAUGCUUAUACUUAAACUUGUAUGAAAAAAUGAUACUCAGAUUGGUUCUGUAUGAUAAAUGCAUAUGAAAACAAUAAAAUUCUAAUUCCGAUU